UCAACGCGUGAGCAUCGUCAGUCUCGUCCAAAACGCCGGCCAGUUCACAUCGUGUCGACAGAGAACUUCUCGUGUGCGUUAUAUAAAUAACGAAACUAAUUUGCCUCUGUUUAUAAACGGAGGAAUAAAUUUAAAUUUUACACAUCCCAUUCAUAGCAGCAGCAGCAGCAGGAUCAGUGAAUAAAACACCGGUUCUUCGCGCCAAUGACUUUUGAGCGGAAUGACACGUUCUACAAUCUGGACCGGAUCUACUCGACGAUCGAGCGGAUGCUGGUGCUGAUUCGGCAGCUGAGCGGCUGUUCACGGCUGGGGGAAAGUGGCCGAACGAUCUCGUUGGAGUUGCAGCUGCUGAACACGAUUGACGAUCGGGCGUAUCUGCUGCAGGAGCUGCAGGAUUGUGUCAGCUAUCUGUUUGGGCAGUUUCGGAAGAUUUACCUGAUCAAUAAGGAUUUGUACGUGCAGCUGAACAAGCGAGGGGGGAGGAUCUUUGAGCUGGAGAAGCAGUUCAAGGAACAGGGCGAGAGCAAAUGUUUGUAUUAUAUGGCUGAUGUGAUCAAGUACGAACCAGCUUUGUUGGCAAUGCAGCGAGUGUUGGACAGGACGAUGAGGGAGAUUCGGAUCUUCCGGAAUCAACGGAACAAGCACAAGCUGGAGCUUUGCAUCAGUCACAUUGUGAACGGGAACUUGGAUAAGGCAUUCGAUGAGUUUUCCUCGUUUGAAAACAGCAUCGAACAGCUUCCCACGAUUGUGGAGGAAGUGUUUGAUGGGGUUAUGAAGAAUCUGGUAAAGUUGUUGCUAUUCCUCAAGGGUUAUUAUCAGCUGAAGAAACCAAACUCGGCACAAACUCUCGUAACCGGAUGUGAAUUUAUCGUUCAGUAUUUGAAACAGUCGACCAUGUUUUGCCGCGUGGAAACCGUCCUACUUUACAGUCUAAUCAACGAAGUUUUGCAAGAAGAACAUCAAUUUGAAGACUUCUUUCGCGACCGUCUGGAGCUCAUGCUGGUCGACUUAACUGGGAAUAAAGAUCUCGCCAUCAAAGUCAUUCAAACUGACCCUGAUGACUCCAGCCAAUUUGCUAAACUAUUCAGCUACGUUUCCGAUCCAUUGCUACUAGAGAUGAUCCGACGAUCCUACCAAGGCUCAUCCGACAACCUCAAAAACGUACUUAAAUUCACCGUACAUCUUCCGACAAUCAAUCAGGUCAUCAUCUGCUACCAAGAGCUCUACCAAGAAAUGCGUCGCCUAUCCCUCAUCAACACGCCCCAAAUCUUCAUGCUGGCCUUCCACAUCAAACGAGUCAUGCAAAGCGCAAAAUUUCCCUCCGCCACCCGAGCCCUAGAGCUGGAAGAACUCAAAGCCGUUCUACACCCCAACAUUUCCAGCAUAAUCUGGAAGCAGAUCAGCAUUUCCCGCCACGAGUCCCGCAUCCUGAUGAAGUUCAGCAGCAUCGGCAAGGAGAUCAACUUUACGCGCUACACCGCGGACAAGAACCGCUUCGAGCUGGAACCGGUGGAGGAGGGUGAGGCGUUCCGCAUCCGGAACGUAGCGAUCAACGGGUACCUGGUGGAGGGAAGUGGAUUUCCGCUGGUCGCGAACGCCAAGUACGAUCCGUCCUGUGAAAGUGGCCACUGGCGGUUGGUGCCGUGUGAGGAGUGUUGCUACUUUCAGAUUGAAAACGUGGCCAGUGGGCGGUGUUUGUACUCGAGCUUUUCGGAGUACUCGGAGAAUGAUUUUUAUAACAGUCCCGAGCUGGUGCGGUUGACGGGGGAGAAGAGCCGGUUGAACGAGAAUAAUUCGUACUGGAAGAUUGGGGAGUUUUCGCGGGGAUCGCGAGGGGAUCCGGAGUGUGUAAUUCUUUGAAGUAUUAGUAGAUUAGGGUUUUAUGUUUAAAAUGUGA